AUGCCGGACGCUAAAACUGAGCUGGAAACUACGCGUCGAUUUCUAAAAUCACGCUUGAUGAUGGAUCGUGCAACGUUUCACGGGUAUGAAGCUGAAAGACAAAAUAUUCACGAUCUGCUAGAGCGUACCGCGGAACAUGGUGAAUCGAACAGUGCGCUGCUGUUGGGUCCGAGAGGAAUUGGAAAAACCACUCUCGUUGUAUCGGUAUUGGCCGAACUGCUGACCAAAGAAACGUUCUACCGCAACUGUCUGAUCGUCUAUCUCAAUGGAUUGGUGCACAUCGACGAUCGACUAGCACUGAAAUCGGCCACCGCACAGCUAAACCUCGAAAAUGCUGUUGACGGUAAAGUGUUUGGUUCCUUUGCUGAAAAUCUAGCCUUUUUGCUCGAGUGUCUAAAGGCGGGCGAUCGGAAGAAAUCGAAAAGCGUCAUCUUCUUGCUGGAAGAGUUCGAUCUGUUCUGCUCGCACCACAACCAAACGCUGCUGUACAACUUGUUCGACGUAGCACAGUCUGCGCAGGCACCGAUCUGUGUGCUUGGCCUUACCGCUCGCUUGGAUGUGAUCGAGCUGUUAGAAAAGCGUGUGAAAUCACGCUUUUCUCAUCGUCAGCUAUUUCUCCUACCGAAGGAAGAUGAUUUCGACGGACGGUUGGAAUUGUUCGAAAGUUUACUAAAGCUUCCUACCGAGCAGGAAAUGCGUGCGUUUGAAUCGGCUCAUCCUCCCAUUCCUAGUGAAGCUCUUAAUAAUGACGAAUUUACGCUGCUGCGUGGGCUGUUUAAUCCACGCAAGUUUAGCUUCACAUCGAAAUGGGUAACGCAAUGGAACCGACACAUCGAUAAGCUGCUAGAGAGCAAAGAAGUGCAGACGGUACUGCAAACGAUGUACGAUUAUGACGUGCUGGAGGGUCCGUUUCGGAUUUGGCUGUUUGAGCUGAUUGGUUGGCUGGAUGAGGAACAUCCGUACCUUACCGUCGAAGCGAUUCGAAAGCUGGGCGAGGAGUACGAAUCGGACGAUAAGGUAAAGCUGCUGAUGGGACUGUCGGUGCUAGAGAUAUGUUUGAUCAUUGCCAUGAAGCACCAUUCGGAGAUUUACGAUCGGGAACCGUUUAACUAUGAGAUGAUUUGGACGCGCUUUAGCAAAUGGGCCAACAGUAGCUCGAGCAUGAAGGGCAUCGAGCGGCCAGUUGUGCUGAAAGCGUUCGAACAUCUGAAGCAGCUGGAGUUUAUUGCACCCGUAACGGGCGGCAGUUUGACGAAGGUGCAGAAAGAAUAUCAGAUUCAUCGGUUGCUGCUAACGUACGGUCAGAUACGUCAGGCGGUUCAGCGUAUGCCACUUUUGCCAACCGAAGUCAGCCAGUGGGAACAGAGUUCGCUGGUGUGAG